GUGUGUGUGAGAGAGGAAGAUCCUGACUCUCUGAUGGCUCUAUUUGUGUUGACAGUGCUCAGCCUCUGCCUGCCUGCGUGGAGCGCUGUGAAGGUGGUCCAGCCCUAUAAAGUGGUGAGCAGCAAUGGUACGGCUCUGGUUCAGUGCUUUCUUCACCCCCAACCCUUCCACCACCAGAGCCCCCUCCCUAACAACGACCUGUCGUACCCGUUCCCUGAACCUGAGGACCUGCGGGUGACUCUGCUGCGAGGCCUCCACGGAUCCACCAAGAUUUGCUCCUCCAUCCUCAACCUCACAGGGCCGAUAGAGACGGGGGAGGAGGGAGAGGUGCAGUGCUCUGCUCAGAGGAGAGAGGGCGCUCUGGAGCUGACGGUAUCCGGACUGAGAGCCACAGACACAGAUCUGUAUCGCUGUGACAUAGAGAUCUUCUACCCUCCACCGUACCUGCGGUUCACUGGAAACGGCACCCUCAUUCACAUUUUAGGCAGCUCUGACUGUCCGGCGCCGGGGGCUCAGAGACAGAUUUCAAACAAAGAAGAUGAAGGAGAGGAAGAUGAGGAUGAAGAGACGGCGGCACCAGUCAAUGUUCCUGUGAUCGUCCUGGUGAUACUGGUGCUGUUCGUCCUCAUAGUCAUUAUGUACCUCCAGGCCUCACAGUGCGAUCGAGGGAGGAGGGAGAUUAUCAGACCGGUUCACACGGUGGACGCUGCUGUAUUUUCAAGUUACAACUUGGCAUGAAAAUCAGGAUUUGAUAGUCAAGUUGGGCCUAUUUCGUCCAUCUUUGCCUAGUAUCAUUAAAGUACCAUUGAUUUGAAUGGAGGAUACAAGUAAAUAGGGUCGGUCGUUACCCUUUAUUAAAGAUCACCUCUGUUAUGAGUUUUUUUUUUUUUACCGAAAGAAGAACAAAUACCAGAAUUGCAUUUUGGUGUGUGUAUAUUACGCUGAUUAAGUAUGAACAAUUAUGUUUACAUUAUAGUAAACACAACUUGUAUUGACUUGUAUUGCUAAUACUGCAAACUACUUUUUAAUUAAAAUUGAUCAUGAUGGAGAUAACAUGCUUUUUAAUGAUAUGUAUAAACACAUGUAAAGGGUUGAAUUGUGUUGUUAAAUCUAAAACUGUGGAUCCAUAAAGAAAACUACUUGAUUGAAAGAGAUUGCCUUAGUAUGAGUUGUAAGUAAGCAAGUUCUGAUGUAAACAUGCAUAAUAUUAACUUAAAAUAUGGCUCUAUCAUUGACUGCAAUUGUUUAACAACAUGCAAUAUGAUUACUUUUUUAUCUAUACAUCUAUUAACUUUAUAUAUCAAUACAUUUCAAACUUUAGGGCAAAAUAUAAGUUAAAGAUCAAAUUGGUAUUUAAAGUUAUCAUUUCAUUAUUGAGAUAAAAGCAACAGUGCACCCCGUCAACUUUGCACUGGCACCAUCAUCAUGCCACUAGUAUUUCCACAUAUACACAAUAAAUAAAAGCAGGUUCACCUCCCCAUUUUUAAAACACUGACCACAAGACCUUUCGUUGAAUCUGGAUGCUGUUUUUUUUCUUCGAUACUGCUGCAUGUAAUAAAACCUGCAGACUCGA